AAGAGGAAAGAGAGGGGAAAGUGGAGAGAGUUGACGAGGAGACUCCACGAAUCUCAUCCUUCCGCCGCCCCCUCAUCUCUCUCUCUCCUGUCCUCUUUUCUCUCUUACCCUUUACCCCCACCAAACUCUCCUCCAAAAACCUCUACAGGCUAGAAGAGACAUCUCCAAAUUACCGAACCUCGCGUAGUGAAAGUUCUUUUGUUCAGGACCACCGCUCUAAUGGCGUCGAUUACGUCCGAUUCCCACCCAGCGGAAAGCAAAUGUUCUUUAUCUGAACUUUCUCCACUUGAAGCAAUAUUGUUUGAUAUUGAUGGCACGCUAUGCGAUUCAGAUCCUAUUCAUUACCAUGCAUACCGUGAGCUGCUGCUAGAGGUUGGUUUCAAUGGUGGUGUCCCCAUAACUGAGGACUUCUAUGCCAAGAACAUCAGCGGCAAGCACAAUGAGGUUAUUGGCAGUUUAUUAUUUCCUGAUUGGGAUCACGAAAAGGCCAUGAAGUUCAUGGAUGAUAAAGAAGCUACGUUUCGAAGGCUGGCAUCUGAGCAGUUGAAGGCAGUGAAUGGUCUCCACAAGCUAUGCAAAUGGAUUGAGGAUCGUGGCUUGAAGCGUGCUGCAGUCAGUAAUGCUCCAAGGGCUAAUGCAGAGUUCAUGCUAUCAAUGCUUGGCCUGAGUGACUUCUUCCAACUUGUGGUGCUCGGGCCUGAAUGCGACAGAGCCAAGCCAUUUCCUGAUCCGUACUUAAAGGCUCUCAGGGAUCUCAAAGUAUCCCCUGAUCACACAUUUGUGUUUGAGGAUUCUGCAUCAGGGGUAAAAGCUGGUGUGGCGGCUGGGAUGCCUGUAGUUGGUCUGACAACCAGAAAUCCGGAGCAGUUACUGAUAGAUGCAGGAGCCACCUUCCUUAUCAAAGAUUAUGAAGAUCCAAAGCUCUUGGCAGCACUUGGAGAGUUAGAGAGAGCAUCAGCAACUAGUGGGAAGGUUGAUGCUUAAGAGCUAAGACGCUUGCCACGUCUAGGCAGGCGAUGAAGAAUGCGGCAGAAGAAUGGAAGUAGAGAAAUUGAAAGUGAGAAAUUUUGCAGUUUGAAGAUGGUCCAGCUGCUGCAGAUCAUCAACUACCACGGAUUUUAGCAACACAAAGCCUCAAGGUUUUAGAGCAAAUUACCUGCAACAUCCCCCCUCCUCUAUCUCUCUCUAGCAAAACCACCUGCAUCGGUUACCAGUUCACCAUGCCUCUCUUCAUUUACUUAAAAUGUCAUCUGCGUCCAAGCAAACCUCAAGUCACAAGCCACUCAAAAUAUCCCCUGAUAACGUAGCUUCCGAAAGAAGAUUGCCAAUAGCCCACACGACCGCCAUGCUAGAUUUUUCACACAGCAAAAUUAUGCAGGGACAAGCAGAGCGAGCUUGUUUCUACACAUUCAUAUGCAUAGACUGGCAUCUUAUCAUUUCUCAACACUGAAUAAUUGUUUCGGGCCAACCAAUUAAAUCUCCAAACUAGAUUAAAAUAAUCAAAUUUAUACCAUUAAACAAUAUUUAUGAAUAUACCCAUCACCUAAUUUCUCAUCAGCCAUGGAUAACAGGGGCACCGAUACUUAUGUCAUUGUCACCUUUUGCAUUAUUAUCAUUGUUUUCUCAGUAUUUAAUAAUCUGAAUCCUUUGUUAGCCUUGAGCGUAUGCCCUUUUUUUUUUUUUGCUCCAGUAUCUUAAUUUCACACUGGCAGGAUGGUUGCCGAUGCGCAACUAAAGCCCAAAAGCAGAAUGCUACACUUGAAUACACCUGAGGAAACAAAAUAUAAAUAUGAUUUACAAGCUUUCUGUCAUGAAAGGAAAAUGUAGGUUACAUGAUACGACACUGCUGGGCAAAGAAAUGAAUCAUGAAAUUGCAAACUAUAUAUAGAGCAAAAUCAGCAAUA